AAAAAACAUUAGAAUAAAUAAAAAUUGCCAUUACUGUAUUAAACAUAUUUAUUUUUAUUUUGUAUCAGUAGAGAGUUUAAUAUAAUGCUUUCCAAAAAGUAAAUGUAAGUGAAGUGGCAGAAAAACACACUCUCUCCGGUAACUGUGAUGACUUGAAACAACUUAUUCAACCAGCUGAUUAACAAUAAGAAUUUUCUUCCUCCUCCUCUCAGCUCUAAUAGCUGAUCUAAUCACAGUGUAAUGUAAUCACAUAAUUUCACUCUCUUUCUCUUCAGCAUCACUGGCUUAAACAACUUGCCAGGUUGAUUAGGGAAUUUGCAGCAGGUCAAAAACUUCAUGGUAAAGCCACUAAUUUACGAAAAAUUUCACAACAAUGACAGAGGAAGUAUGAUGCUUUUCAAAGAAACAGUCGUCAUAAACACCUUCAGAAGGUGCAGAUGCAGAUUGUCUCCAGCGAUAACAGAUCUCAACAUUCCUCAGCUCUCAGGUCAUUUGAGCUGCUGGGAUGGACCUCAAUCACUGCCCAGAUUUAGCAGCUGCUGUAAAUGAUAUAAAAGCAAGAGAGAGCACCUACAGAUACAACAGUGAGACAUCACAAGCUCAUCUACAUCAUGAUCUUCACCAUCACCUGCCUUGCCCUGGUGGCCUCUGCUCUGGGUUGUGGAGUGCCGGCGAUUAAACCACAGACGAUUGGCAGCAGGAUUGUGAACGGACAGAAUGCCAUCUCUGGUUCUUGGCCCUGGCAGGUCUCUCUCCAGCUACCCAACGGAUUCCACUUCUGCGGUGGAUCUCUCAUCAACCAGAAUUGGGUUCUCACUGCUGCUCACUGUGGUGUCGUGGCCGGCUAUCAUCAUGUCAUUCUUGGAGAACAUGAUCGUGGCUCCAAUGUUGAACCCAUCCAAGUCAAACUCGUUUCCAAGGUCAUCACCCAUCCGCUCUACAGCAGCACGACAUUCAACAAUGACAUUGCGUUGCUGAAGCUUGCAUCUCCAGUUGUAUUCAUUCCCCGUAUCUCUCCUGUAUGUCUGGCUCCAUCAACUAUCAACAUCCUGCCUGGAACACGCUGCUUCACCACUGGAUGGGGCAGAACUGCCACCACAUUGAGUCCUCUAACCCUACAGCAAACAGGUCUGCCCAUCAUGAGUCCUGCUGUGUGCAGGCUGAUCUGGGGUCAGAGCAGAAUCACUGAUGCCAUGAUCUGUGCUGGAGCCUCUGGAUCCUCAUCUUGCCAGGGUGAUUCUGGUGGUCCUCUGGUGUGUGAGAGUAACGGAGUCUGGACUCUGGUGGGGUCUGUGUCCUGGGGCACCAGCACUUGUAACAGUCUUUACCCAGUAGUAUACGCCCGCAUCUCCCAACUGCGCUCCUGGAUCGACAAGACUAUCGCUUCCAACUAGAACACCAGUCUGAGCAUUUACCCUUCAAAGGAGGCAAAAGUAGAUUUUAAUCAUUAAUCUGUAUUGCAGUUGGUCCUUGUUGAUGUUUUGUUUGUUUGUUUGUUUGUUUAUGAAUUUUGGUCUUGUGUCAGUCUGGGCUCCAGUGACCUGUCUGUUAUAUUACUGUUUUGUUUUUAUAUCAUGUAACAUGUUAUGGUUUUAUAGAAAUAAUGAAAGUUUGUCAAUAAAAUGAAAUAAAUGUAA